CAAGGUGAUAGAGGUUUUUCUUAAGAUAGUGAAAAGCCUGUAACAUUUGCUUUGGGGAGAAAAUAUUCCAUAAAAUUCAAACUCCUCUUUGAUGUGACGUUAUGUUGUACUCCUUAAAUUUAUACAGAAAGAGGUUUAGGUCUAAAGUUUUUUGCACACUGUAGGUACAUUUUGACUUAGCACUACAUCACCAUGUUUUUAUCUUGAUACAAUUUUUUCAUAAAUUUUUGUCGAUCCACCUGUUACAAAUCAUAUGUUAAUCAUCGAAAUAUAAAUAAACGUCGAUCUAGAAACGUCCUUUUUGAAGAAUGGAAAACCACCCUUGAUCGACACCAUGCAGGACGCGACACUAUACAAAAUGGACAUAUACUGAAAAAAAUCGCCGAUCCUCGAUGGACACUUUAGAAGGCGAUCUUAAAGAGCUAAGGGCCUUGAGGAAGACCGCCUAUCUCUCACAGGAUUCUAAAUCGGUCUCGUACGAUGCGAGGCCCUUGGUCAAAAAGGAAAGGAUACAGACAUACAAGAAUAGGCGUACGUCUCGGUAUGAAUUGAAGCCGACCUUCGGACCGACUAAGUUCGUGUACGAAGAGCCCCAGAGCUACCCGAUGUUCUCGGAAGAUACGUACAAAUUGCUGAGGUACGGCGCGAUGAUCUUGGACGUGCUCGCAUUGCUUCACGUAAUCCCGGCACCGUUCGACCACCCUUGUCAACCGUUUCCGUACCCUUCCCUUCCAAAGCCGAACCAACUGAGGUACAAGAUCGUCGAGCCGGACGAUCCGCCAAGUCUUAAAAGUUAACAUGGUGAUACUGACUUAAGGGAAUAAACAUUCUUGUUUCAAUAA